AUGUUCGUGUUCCUCUGUAUCGUCUCCCUCCUCACCCUGGCGUUGGAUGCUGAACAGGACUUUACUGUGACAAACCAGGAGGAAGAGCUAUCCCAAAAAUCCUGCGACGUGGGAUGGUACCGCUUUAGCGGACACUGCUACAAGUACGUUGCUUCACAAUUGGAUUGGGCCGAAUCCUCCUGUGUGGCUCAGGGAGCAAACCUGGCCUCAGUGCAUAGUGAGAAUGAACACAAGUUUAUCCAGAAGCUGGUCAUGAGUCAAGACCCUACAGAGAGGUACACCUGGAUCGGGCUGUAUGGGACUGACAAGGAGGGCAGGUGGAUGUGGUCUGAUGGGUCGAAGAUGGACUUAAUAAUGAAGACUGUGAAGAGAAACUUUGACCAACACAAGCUGUGGAAUGAUUACAUGGGCUCCAUCCCCUGGCUGUCUUGA